AUGGAUCCAUGGGCACAAGUUGAGCUCCGGCUAGAACAGCGAGAUCAGCUUGAACAAAAAGACUCGCCUUUCUACCACGCGUUUUCACAGCUCAAUUUGCUUGGGAAGUCGUCGGGAAACUUGGAGUGGGACCUCCUCCGGAAAGAAAAUGGCCAGUUACUCCAGGAGAACGAGUCUCUAGUGCAACGGCUAAAUCUGCAGGCGAUGAAGAUGGAGUCAUACCAGCAACAGAUUGCACAGCUUCAAAAAUCAGUGAAAAGUCAUGAGCUGAAACAGCACAGGCUUCAACAGAGAAUAGCGGACUUGACUGAGGAGAUAGCCGAAAAGAACCGAUCAAUUCAGAUAAUUAACGACGAACAUUUGAUCAACCUGAUUCAGGUGAAUGUGUUGAAGGAUCAAGUAGCACAAUUGACCAAGGAAAAGGAGCAGCUAAGAAGAUAA